AUGACAUCGUCGAAGCCUCUUUUAAGUGAACCUGCAAAGCUCCUUUUCGAUAUUCCGUCAAUUGAAAUUGCUUCAACUCUUCGUAAACUAGAUUUACGCAUUCAUAGAAAUGCUGACAAGAGAUUGUUUCAUAUAACUAAAUUAAUUAAUCGAUUUUAUAAUCUUACCAUGAAUGAGAAUGAAGUACAAUGUCAUCUUGAUAACUGGGAUUAUCUGGCACCACGGUUCAAUGACAAUAUUAUUGGUAUGACCGACACUCAAAUUACAUGUAAAAUAAAACAGUACAUGCUCGAAUUUCCAAAUAAUCAUAUAUGUUCGUUAUUGAGUUGUUAUCUACCGGAGAAAACAAUUUGCUGCGGUAAACUUUUAUCAGCACCAAGGCCGUUUCAAGAUAUACGUAUUUUUCAUUUCAGCGAAUCAUCUUCAAGUGGUACAUUGUAUUAUAGGAAGUGUGGAGUUUGCAACAUUAAGUACUAUUAUAACUAUUAUGAAAAUGAAGAUGGAGAUAAAUUUUGUAUAAUAAACGAUGAUACCACAAUUAUUUGUUUAUUCUCGAAUAUCGCUUACGACGUGAAACUCUUGCAUCGUCUUGAUAAUGAUAUACUGUUCAAAUACUGUGGCUUUUCGAAUUAUACAAAUGCAUAUAAUAUGUAUUGUGAAGCGGCUGGAAUAGUGAACCAUAAGUUAAUGGACCGAUUUCAUGUCGAGAGAACAUGGUUUUUAUGGAGAUUAUGCAGAUUCUUUGGUAAGGAUGUCAAGACCAAAGUGCCAGUUGAAAAAGAUUUUGAUAAAGAAAUUUUAUCGUUACAAAGAGAUUGUCUUGAUCUUUUUAUCAGACGAUGGAGUUCAAAACGGCAUCAGUCAUACUGUAACGAAGACUGCUGUAAAUUGCUGGUGCUUGAUGGACAUCAAAAAGCAACCAGACGGGUUUGUGCCUACAAAAUUGGUACAAUUCCUAGCGAAGAGCUAGGAGCUAUCAAAGUUGGUUGUCCACAUUUACCGGCCUACAAGAAUACAUAUUGUUCGGAGCAUAUUGGUUUUAAACCUCCACCAGAACCAUCGAAAGAAAGAAAGUUAUACAAUCUACGAAAUCCAACGCAACAGUUAAUAUGUCGAACCUUGAAAUCUGAUAAUCCAAAUAUUCCAUCGCACAGAAGUGCUGGUAUCGUAGCAGCGGUUUACAAUUGUGGUUACAUCUGUGCUGUCGAUGAACUGUAUGGUUCGGAAUCCCUUAGUCAAGUUUAUAAUUUUCUGGUGAAUAUCGUUAAAAAAUUUGAAGUGUUGCCAACCGUUAUCGCGUACGAUGAUGCAUGUAAUUUGGUUAGAUUUAUUCGUAACUCUACGAACAGGAAGCAAAUGUGCCAGGAUCCACCCUAUCCUAGUUAG